GCCGCGGGUUCAGAUUAUUGAAGCUGCGGACUCGGGCUUUUGGCGGUCGCUUCCUGGAUUAUUUUUUGCUGAGGUAUUUGCAAUCUUUUUCGUUUUUUGUGGAGAGGAUUUCGCUGCGAUCUGAAGGUCUAGACGAACGCUCGGGUUCCCGUGGGAAGGCUUUAGGCUCUCCGGCCUCGGAUUUUUCAUUUUCAUCCUUGGAACUGUCGUGUGGUUGUUUUCCACUGUGGAUUAUAACUGCAACAUGACACUGGAAGAGCUCGUGGCAUGCGACAACGCGGCGCAAAAGAUGCAGACGGUGAGCGCCGCGGUGGAGGAGCUGCUGGUGGCCGCGCAGCGCCAGGACCGCCUCACCGUGGGGGUGUACGAGUCGGCCAAGCUGAUGAAUGUGGACCCUGACAGCGUUGUCCUGUGCCUCCUGGCCAUUGACGAGGAGGAAGAGGAUGACAUCGCCCUGCAGAUCCACUUCACCCUCAUCCAGUCGUUUUGCUGUGACAACGAUAUCGAUAUCGUGCGGGUGUCAGGAAUGCAGCGACUGGCACAGCUGCUGGGCGAGCCGGCCGAGACCCAGGGCACCACUGAGGCCCGGGACCUGCACUGCCUCCUGGUCACGAACCCUCACACAGAUGCCUGGAAAAGCCACGGCCUGGUGGAGGUAGCCAGUUACUGCGAAGAGAGCCGGGGGAACAACCAGUGGGUCCCCUGCAUCUCCCUCCAGGAGCGCUGAGACCCUUCUGGUCAGAACCUGUUGCUGCCAAAAAAUAAAACAAAAAUAAAUAUUUGACACCCCUCCCCCCAGAACAACCCCCCAAAACAACCCAACCCAAGAGACCAUCGGGGGCAGGAUCACUGGAGACUGAAGACAGGAGAGGGGAGUGCGCGGAGGUGCCGAGCCUGGAGCAGCACGCCAGAAGUGGCCACCGUGUGAGGAGAAGAGGGGACCCAGGCCAGCAGGAGAGGGGACCCCGGAGCUCGGGCCUGGUGACAGAGCAGAAGCUGCGGUGGGGGAGCUGCUGCCUCCCUCACAGUGGAGGGCCUGGACUCCACAUUCCGGGAGUGGGGUGAGACUGCACCCCCAUCCUUCUUGAGACCGGAGCUGUCAUCUGCAGAUGGGCCUUGCUUGGCGGAGGGUCUGCACCCUGGCCAGGACUUAGACUUUGGGACUUGGGAGCAGGGGCUGAAGUUGCUCUGUACCCAGGAACUCCCACUUUGCAAACUAAAUAGACAAUCUAUUUUGUUACUUGCACUUGCUACUUGAACCACUGAAAGAGAGAUGGGAGGCUUACAGAUACAUAUAUUUUUACUUCUACUAUGACGGCCUUGUAAUAAAUUUCUAAAGCUUC